AUGUAAAGAAGAAAAAAGCCGCUGGACGUGGCCGCCUCCUCGUUGGUAGAUCUCAAAGCAGAACUCUUCCGAAAGCAAGAAGAAUUCAAGAAAGAAAAGCUAUUGAAAGAUGCUGGCAUCUUUGCAAAGCCCAAAUCUUCUAAUAAGAAACCAAGCAUCUGGAACAAACAAAACACAGGAGUUGCAAAUCGAGCCGAGAAAGAUGUGGAGCAGAAGACAGAAGAGGAGCAUAUAUUAGAUAAAUCAAGGAAGAAACUAGAAGAGAAAGCAAAGCUAUAUGAGAAAAUGACAAAAGGCGACUUCCCAGAUGAAGAAACUGAGGAUUUGUACCUAGUGGAUUUCACUCAGAAGAUCAUAGACAAACAGCACGAAGUACAGGAACUGUAUCAGAGCGAAGCUGCUAGAAAGACUUUAGAAAAAGAGACAGAUGAUGAGGAAACUCAACCUGAAAUGGAAAUACCACCGCCUGAGGACCCAGAUGAAGAAUGGGUUGAUUAUGUAGAUUUCUUGGGCCGAUCUAGACGCUGUAUGAAGAAGGAUUUGCCAAGUCUACUUAAAAUGGAUCAGGAAUUGCAAGGGAAAAGGUGUGGUCCUGAUGGGAAUACUCUGUUAUCUGAAGACAUGAGAAGAGAACUUCAGAGGCAGCAGUGGGAAAAAGAAGAAGAAGAAGCCCUCAGAAAACCCAUGGGACCCAUACAUUAUGAGGACAUUCGAGAAAACGAGGCCAGGCAGCUUGGUGUUGGUUACUUUGCCUUUUCUCGUGACAAAGAACUUAGGAAUAAACAACGGGCAACACUGGAUAUGCUAAGAGAGCAGACACUCGAUCAGAGAACUAAACGUGAACAGUUAAAAGAAAAAAGGAAGGCAGCUCUAGAUGCAAGGCUGUCUAAACUUCGAGCACGGAAGAUUAAGAAGUUAAGGGAAGCUGGAUUAGAGGAAGAGGCAGAAAAAUUGGAGAAUGGAGAGUCGAAAGGUGUUACUGACGAACCAGAAGCUCCGAGAGUUACUGCAGCAAGUAGAAAGGUAGAAGUUGUCAUCCAGGAGAGAAGAGAUACAAAGCCUGGUGUGCCUUAUGUCCGAGAGUGGGAUAAAGGCAAAGAAUUGAUGUUUGGACAAUGGUCAAAGAAACAGGACGAACUCAGAGACGAGCGAGAUCCAGAAUUUGCACCACCUUCUGAUUACUUCAUGGGACAAAAGAAAGAUGAUAAUUACAGAAGUCAGAAUUUGAACAGCCCUGAAACCUCCUCUGAAAAACUGGAAACGGAGACAGGACAAAAGCAACAGAUGCCAUCGGUGCAGGCCAACGGCAGCAGCACUGAAGAUGUGCCACCCUCAGUGCAGGCUUACCACAGCAAUGUUCAAGAUGAGUCAGCAUCAACAGAGGCCUGUGGCAAUGACACUCAAAAUGGGACAUCAUCAUCAGGGGAUGACAGCAGCGACGAUGAGGAUAUGCUGCCAUCAGCACGCUUACGGCUAUGGUGCUCAAGGUGUGCCACCGUCGAUGCAGGCUUACGGCUAUGGCGCUCAAGAUGUGCUGUCAUCAAUGCAGGCUUACGGUUAUGGCACUCCUGA